UAGUGUCUAGCUUCACAUAGGUGAAGCAACUGAACCAACAACACCGACAUGACGCAUGGUGGUGAAAUAUGUAAAAAACAAAUAUUUCACACCGUAAAUGGUAAAAGUAAAUAACGAAACAAAGGGAGGCAUCGGAAAACAACUUCGUCUUUCCCAUACAGGCUUUAUCUAUACGAGUGGUUUUGCUCUUCAUCUGUGAAUACGGAUAGUAGGGGCAACAUUUCGCAAUCUAUUUUGCAUACAGUUGAGUGCGCGCACUAGACUGGAACCUUUUUCCUUGUUUAACAUAAUAACAUGAAUAUUACAUAAUUUAUUGAAGCUUUUUAUUUGAACUUUAUACGGCGUACAUUUCUAAGGUGUUUUGUGAAACCUUUAGUCGCGCGCGACGUCUGCGCUACAUUCGAGUGAAACCAACGGGGAAUAACAUAAAACACGGAAUACAAUGACUAUGUCCGUCCCGGAGAGGAAUUCAGGGUCCGAGGGGAAGGAGGAGGAGAGUGAAGAUGAGAGUGAAAUCCUCGAAGAAAGCCCAUGCGGUCGCUGGCAAAAGCGAAAGGAGCAGAUCAGUCAAGGUAAUGUCCCCGGUGUUGAGAGUGCGUCGCUGGCCAUGGACACAGAGGAGGGAGUCGAGGUGGUGUGGAAUGAGGUGCUUUUCAAUGACAGGAAGGUCUUCAAGGCACAGGAGGAGAAGAUUAAAGAGAUGUUUGAGAACCUGAUGCAGGUUGAGCACCCAAACAUAGUCAAGUUCCAUAAGUACUGGCUGGACAUGAAAGAGAGUCGAGCUCGGGUCAUCUUUAUCACAGAGUACAUGUCCUCAGGCAGCCUCAAGCAAUUUCUCAAGAAAACCAAGAAAAACCAUAAGACCAUGAACGUCAAGGCUUGGAAGCGAUGGUGUACCCAAAUUCUCUCUGCCCUCAGUUACCUGCACUCCUGUGAACCGCCCAUUAUCCAUGGCAACCUGACCUGUGACACCAUCUUUAUCCAACACAAUGGCCUCAUCAAGAUUGGCUCAGUAUGGCACCGGCUGUUUGUGAAUGUGUUUCCGGAGGCCAGUGUUCAUGGUAAAGUCCGCCCCAACCGAGACGAACAGAGGAACCUGCACUUCUUCUCUCCUGAAUAUGGCUUGGCUGAGGAUGACUAUGCUAUUGACAUCUUCUCCUUCGGGAUCUGUGCUCUGGAGAUGGCUGUCCUGGAAAUACAGGCUAAUGGAGAUGCUGUUGUGUCCAAGGAGGCCAUCACCAACGCAGGCCAGUCUCUGGAGGAUCCCCUCAUGAGAGAGUUUACUCAGUCGUGUGUGCGUCACGAGGCCAAGCAGCGUCCCACAGCCCACGACCUGCUCUUCCACCGCGUGCUGUUUGAGGUUCACUCCCUCAAGCUACUGGCUGCCCACUGCCUCAUCAGCAACCAGUACCUGCUGCCAGAGAACUGUGUGGAGGAGAAGACCAAGUCCUUUGACCCCAACGGUCUCAUGGCAGAAAUCAAACAUGGCAACCGGCCUGGUGUUCAGCUCAAGUAUUCCCAUGUGUCUCCUUUGGAGCUGGACAAGUUCCUUGAGGACGUCAAGAAUGGGAUAUACCCCCUCAUGAACUUUGCAUCGUCGCGGCCCCACCCCGUACCCCGUGCCCUAUCCCUGUCCCACGAACAGGUGGAGACGGUGAAGUCCCCCACCCCUGAGCCCCAAGAGACAGAGAGCAGAAAGGUGAUUCAGAUGCACUGUAACUUGGAGUCAAAUGAAGAAGGGACCAAAACUCAUCUCUCUCUGUUUCUUAAGAUGGACGACAAGCUCCAUCGACAACUUAGCUGUGACAUCCUUCCGACUGACAGCUCCAAAGACCUUGCCAAUGAACUUGUUCACUACGCCUUUAUAAGUGAGGAGGACUGUGGGAAGCUGGCAGGAUUCCUUGAGGACGCGCUCACCAGACACAAGGGCAAAGCGCUGGCCUCUGGGAUCACACAGUGAGAAGGGGCCGCUACGGAAGCUGGCCCACAGAGAGGGGCCUCGGGCAUUGACCACUCAAACAGAGCAAGACAGGGGCUAGAAGGCAGGAUGACUCAGCCAGGAUCAGAGGGGCUGGCUCCAGUGAGGGUUUGAAGGAUUGAGCCUGAUGAGUGGUGAUUGGGACUGGGCCUGAUGAUUGGUGGAUCAUCCCAAAGAGGGCUAGGAUAGGCCAGGACUGAGAGGGACUGAAAGCAUCUCCGGUUGGAUGACUCAGAGGCAUUAUGGCUUGUUAAAUCCAUUUGAAUUCAAUCACUUUUUGACAACACCCCUUUUGAUUUGAACAAAAUCUGCCAUACAUAUUUUCCCAUUGUAGAAGGCUCCGAAAGUAACAUUCAAGUGAUAAAGGUGCUCAAAGUUGACUGAUUUUGCAAACUCCACCAUACCAUGAGACUUCCAUAUCUUCAUCACUGGAAAAUAUAGUCAGUUGAGAUUGAUAUCAUUUAAAUGCAUACAAACAGGGUUGUCAAAUAUUUUAUAAUUUCUGGCAAUAACAUAAAAACUUUAUACAAAUGUCCUUUAAAAAAAAAAAAUUAACGUCAAUUAUCUUUUCGCAUAUGUUGUAACUUAGACCCUAUUUGACAUCAUCUAAGGUUUUGUGUUAUGCCCGCCAUCGGUUGAGAAACAACAUGCUUUUGAAUAAUUCUAAAUCAUAUACACAUAUUUAGCAGAUGUUAUUGCGGGUGUAGUGAAAUGCUUGUAUACCUAGCUCCAACAGUGCAGUAGUAUCUAACAAUUCACAACAAUGCACACAAAUCUAAAAGUAAAAGAAUGGAAUUAAGUAAUAUAUAAAUAUUAGAGUGGCAUUAACUAAAAUACAGUAGAUGGAAUUAAGUAAUAUAUAAAUAUUAGAGUGGCAUUAACUAAAAUACAGUAGAUGGAAUUAAGUAAUAUAUAAAUAUUAGAGUGGCAUUAACUAAAAUACAGUAGAUGUAAUUAAGUAAUAUAUAAAUAUUAGAGUGGCAUUAACUAAAAUACAGUAGAUGGAAUUAAGUAAUAUAUAAAUAUUAGAGUGGCAUUAACUAAAAUACAGUAGAAUAGAAUACAGUAUAUACAUAUGAAAUGAGUAAAGCGGUAUGUAAACAUGAUUAAAGUGACUAGUGUGCCAUUAUUAAAGUGACCAGUGAUUCCAUGUCUAUGUACAUAGGGCAGCAGCCUCUAAGGUACAGGGUUCAAAUCAAAUCAAAUUUUAUUAGUCACAUACACAUGGUUAGCAGAUGUUAAUGCGAGUGUAGCGAAAUGCUUGUGCUUCUAGUUCCGACAAUGCAGUAAUAACAACAAGUAAUCUAACCUAACAAUUCCACAACUACUACCUUAUACACGCAAGUGUAAAGGGAUAAAGAAUAUGUACAUAAAGAUAUAUGAAUGAGUGAUGGUACAGAACAGCAUAGGCAAGAUGCAGUACAUGGUAUAGAGUACGGUAUAUACCUAUGAGAUGAGUACUGUAGGGUAUGUAAACAUAAAGUGGCAUAGUAUAAAGUGGCUAGUGGUCCAUGUAUUACAUAAGAUGGCAAGAUGCAGUAGAUGAUAUAGAGUACAGUAUAUACAUAUACAUAAGAGAUGUGUAAUGUAGGGUAUGUAAACAUUAUAUUAGGUGGCAUUGUUUAAAGUGGCUGGUGGUACGUUUUUACAUAAUUUCCAUCAAUUCCCAUUUUUAAAGUGGCUGGAGUUGAGUCAGUAUGUUGGCAGCGGCCGCUAAAUGUUAGUGGUGGCUGUUUAACAGUCUGAUGGCCUUGAGAUAGAAGCUGUUUUUCAGUAUGUAUGGGUUGCAUACAGGGUGAGGGUGAGUGUCAUGUUUUGGCAGAAAAAUGUACUAAAAUGGGAAUAAAAUGAAAAUGUCACCUUUCAAAUGGUACCACAAAGAUCAUAAGAUAAUGUUGACUUGAAUGGGAAUAUUUGUUGUUUUAAAUCUUUCUGAAAAUCUGUUCUUUCUGACCACUUCUUCCAUGGGCAAACAUGUAUAGCAAGUUUUGUUUAAAUCAAAAGAGAUGCUGUCAAAAAGUGAUUGAAUUCAAAUGGAUUUACCCGGCUGUGUUCAGCUAUCCCACAAUGCAGUGGAAGAUUGAUAAGUCCUCUGCCUAAAAGGGCUGUAAUGCCUUAAGAUGUAAUCAUCCAUAAUGCCACUACUAUACUGUACUGCCAGUAGAGAUGUUUCCAAUUAUGGAUGGAUGUAGUGCAUUCAAGACAAACCAAUAAAACAGCUAUGUUUUUAUGUUAUUUUACAGUCUUUUAAUUAAUAGUUGAUAACUCCAGAAAUGUACAUUUGGAAGUUGUUUUUGGAAAAUAAUCUAUAAAACGUUUUUUUUUUUUUUUAAAUAAAAAGGCUCCCUAGUUUUAUAAGCCCCAGCAAUACCUACCAUAGAAAUGUCUAGCUCUUAGAGAGCAAAUUUGAUGACAAAGAUGAGAACCGUCCAACAUGCAUGGUUAACAUGCUAACACUUAAGUUAACUUCAUUAUUUUUGCUUAGUUCUAUGAACAGCAUUAGCGUUGCACUGACCUUUUUCUGUUGACGUUUUAAUGGUGUAUAAUGGUCUUCAAAACACACUCGCAGUGCAUUCUAACAGUGCUUUGCUAGCUUGAAUGACUCUCCGUGCAUUAGUAGUAACGAGCAAUGAGAUGAUGCCUCUCUUUUAGCCUGUAGUGCUCUUAAGGGUUUUCCCUGUGAAAGUGUUCUGUAAGCCAAAAACUUGCAAAGUGCCUGUGAUGGCAACCCACUAUGUACAAAACCCAUAAUACAAAACGCCACAGCAACAUAACGCAUCUUCAGAAAUGACAAAAACUCCUGACAGUCAACGAUUCAGUCUAUUGGGUUGGUGUCAACAGAAUGCUAUACUUUUCAUUUAUUCUGAAAACCAGCUUGUGAAUGUGUUGAGGGGCCACAGCUUGAACCCUGGGAAUGUCUAAAUCCAUUCUAGAACAUGGAUCAGCUAAACACAUAGAAUAUAGUCCACUCCGAUUGAGCCAUUUGAGAACGCGAUUAUGAAUGGAGGGUUUUGUUGAAUAGUGAAGGGUUUUCAAAUAAAUAAAGCUCAGAAUAUUUUUGGGGGAAAGCAAUUAAUUACUCUUCUACUGAACGAUAUAACUACUACAGUACACAACACAAAAAAAGCAUUGUAUACUUCUGGAGGUUGAAGCUGAAUUCUGCGUAAGUGUCCACAGCUGUCCGAUGCAUUCUAAAGCAAGCAAAAGUCAAUAAUAGAUCUAUUGCAGUGGGAUUUAGUAAUUUAUCGAUUGCUUUAAAGUAAAAAAAAAAAAAAUGGAAAACAACUUUUCUUAAUCAAUCUCGAACAGUAUACACUGAGUGUACAAAACAAUAUGAGCACCUUCCUAAUAUUGAUUUGCACCCCCUUUUGCCCCUUAGAACUGCCUCAAUUCGUUGGGGCAUGGAUUCUACAAGGUGUCGAAAGCGUUCCACAGGGAUGCUGGCCCAUGUUGACUCCAAAGCUUCCCACAGUUGUGUCAAGUUGGCUGGAUCUCCCUUGGGUGGUGGACCAUUCUUGAUACACAUGGGAAGCUGUUGAGUAUGAAAAACACAGCAGUGUUGCAGUUCUUAACACACUUAAACCAGUGCACCUGGCACAUACUACCAUACCCCGUUCAAAGGCACUUCAAUAUUUUCUCUUGCCCAUUCACCCUCUGAAUGGCAGGCCCACAUACACAAUCCAUGUCUCAGUUGUCUCAAGGCUUAAAAAUCCUUCUUUAACCUGUCUCCUCCCCUUUAUCUAAACUGAUUGAAGUGGAUUUAACAGGUGACAUCAAUAAGGGAUCAUAACUUUCAUCUGGAUUCACCUGGUCAGUCUGUCAUGGUGUUCCUAUUGUUUUCUACACUCAGUGUAUAUUCUUCAGUAUCUGCAUCUGUUAACAAUAUGACGUUUUGGUUCUUAUGCUAUCUGUAAAACACUGGUCCUAUUGCAAUUACACUCCUGUAUAGAUGUUGCAUAAUAUGCUCAUUGCUCUUAAAAUGUCAAGCCUUUUAUCAGCUAGUCUCUUGGGGAAAGCGCUUCUCCCAGUCAUUUAUCUGUAGCAUAUGGUGUACAUAAAUAUGUCUGUGUCUGUUCAAAGGUGUUUCCCUUGAACAGAAGUAUGAAUGCUCGGAGUGGUGCUACUGUUGUCUAGUAGUCUGCAAUGCAUGUCUUAAUAAUAGCUCCAAACUGUUCAGACACUUAUUUUCCAAGAUUGCCUUAGUCAUUGACGGAGCUCCAUUGACUGACUCCGGGGGGACCUGAUCAAGAAAAAUUAAUGUUCAGACUAAGCAAAGCCCAUUCAUCCAUUAGUCUUUUUCCGUAGCUAUCACUUCUUUCUCCCGAGUCUGGAUUCUGUUGUAUGUCGGCUCUGUAUUGUACUGGACGUGUUCUACUCAUCCUUCUGUAAAAUAUUGUACUGCAAUUAAUGACAAUAAAACAAUGUGAUGUCACAUCAUGGUGA